GGAGGCGGAGCCUUACGAACAUCGGCUUUACUCAUGAAACAACCUCCAGUAACCUUCCUCCACACACAUACACACGGAAUCUCUCCGGCAGAUAUCACCACUGCCACAUUCCUUCGCUCCGACAAGAAACCCCACACACUUUGUGGAUAAUUUUUGUUUUUUGGAUUUUAAUGCCUGAGUUAAUAAUUCAGCUAGCACUACUUUCGGGUAGUUUGCAUAUCGUUCUCUCCGGCGACGAGUGGCUGCGGUGCGGGGCUGAACAUAUCAGCAAGCUGUGUUUGGGUGCUCUCUCCCAGCCCCUCUCUGGAUGCAUCAGACUCCUCUGCCCCGGGGCCCUGGACCCGGUGUGUGACACCACCACCUUCACCCCUUUCCCCAUCCAUCAGUUCACCCUCUGCCCAAAAUUCCCUUCCACCUGUCCACCUCGAAGCUCCUGUCUUUGGCCCCCUGCCUCUCGACCAGCGGGCAGAGGCAGGGGGCCAUGGCGCCAUGGUAACCUUCAGUGGACGGAACCACCUCCUCGCUAUGAGCGGUGCGUCCUCUUCGGAGGGCAGGGUUCAGGGGCCAAACUUUACCCCGCAUCACUACAAGCCCUUCCGCUCGCAUGAACACUACCAGCAGGUGAUGCGUGCUCUGCGUAAGCUCCAGGAAAGUGGCUUUUACUGGGGUGCUGUUGGGGGCCGGGAGGCCAGCACCCUACUGCGCUCUGAACCGCCUGGUACCUUUCUGAUCCGCGACUCUUCAGACCACCACCACUUCUUCACCUUGUCUGUGCAAACAGCUCAAGGAACAAAGAACCUACGCAUCCACAGUGAGGGAAGUGGCUUCUUCCUGCAGCCCGAUGCUCAAAACACCCAAGAGCUUCCACAGUUUGACUGUGUGCUGAAACUCAUAGCACAUUACAUGGGGAAAGGGCCAGAUACUGGAAGUGGGGGCAAUUCAGGAGAGGCAAAAAUGAAGGGGCGCAAUGUUUAUUUAAUCCACACUGAUGGAGAGAAAAUCCCCCUGGAGUUGCGACGACCCCUCCUAACUUCCCUGUCAUCCUUGCAGCACAUGUGCCGGCGGACGCUGAACAACAGAGGCCUUGGUGCAUCGGAGCAACCCGAGCAGCUCCCGCGCACACUUAGAGACUUCCUGGAGGAUUAUGACGCUCCUAUUUGACUGACAGGAACUGCAGCGGUUCCGCUACAUAGACCAGGUGCCUGGAGGGCAGCACAGACCAGUUCUCAGAGCAUACGAGAAUGCUUGCGCCACCAGAAACUGACCAGACUGAGCCUUAGAUACUAAUGUAAGGUCAGUUUGCCGUAGAAGCCUAAAUCAGCUGAUCACAAAUCACUGAUGGGCGCUGUCUAACUAGAGUCUUGGAUGAGGAGCGUGAUUUGGGUAACCAACGAUUACCUCGUUCAUCCUGCCUUGGAAAAAACUGACCACUAAAGUGAGUGGCAGAUAAGGCCAGAGGUCAAAAGCCAAUGUUUCCUAUGACUGAUUCAGACGCAGAGCAAUGCCUCGUAGAAGAUUAACCCAAUUGGUCGAUGUAAACGAUGACAGGGAAUGCGUGAUCGAUACACCACUGGCAUUCGGGUGGGUUUAAUGUGCUUAAGAAGAAAUCUCGUCUGUCAGCAUGACAUUUACCACACUUUGGAUCAGCGGACAGAGAGACAGAUGGCAAAGAGGCUGAAAGGGAGUGAAUGAAGGAGAAGUUGCAGAGAAAAGGCUAAGUCCGAACGAGGGGCCCAGCACACAGUAUUUGUUUGUCUGAGUGUGUGUGUAUUUGUGUGUUGUGGUUGUACACAUAUUUCCAUUGCUGUUUCCCGCAAGUGUUGCCACAUCGAGGGGAGUGGGGAGGCCCUGCACGCUAGCACCACACACACACACACAUGCAGGUACAGGCCCACAUGAAGGUAUUGUUAGCAUGGGAUAAAAAAGACAUUACCAAGCAUUUUCUCCUUUUCCUGUUUGUUUCUUGUUUUGUCCUCCGCUACCCUGCCUUCUUUUUUUUUUGGAUGCUCGUCAGCUUUGACAAUGACAGAGAACAGACUGCUGUUGUCGAGACAAAAGCUUGUUACUGACACAAAAGCUUUGGCAUGGGACCAAACUAAGCAGCAGAACUUAUUUUUAUCCAGAUUAGGUAGAAAAAAAGAUGUCUGUGACACUGUAAAGCUUACUGGGGUUGAAGAUGAUGAGCUCAAAGAUAGGAAGGAGGUGGCUGAGGGUGAGAAAAGGGUUGGAAUCAAGGAGAAAGAAGAGCGGGAAAUGGGAUUAGGAAAGGGAAAUUGAAGAGGAUAGAGAGCAGUGGCAGUGGGUAGGGUAAGGGAGAAGAGGGAGGAGACAUACUGGUAUACAGCUUAACAAAAACAGUGAUGUGAUUGAUGAUAGAGUUCAACGGGACACUGCUCCUGUAAAUAUAGCAGCCAGUGCGAUAAAGAGACUUGGCUUAGUCUUAACUCUGUUUUUAGGCCUUCUUAGAUUAACAUAAUUGACGUAUUUCUUUUUGCUAGAAUGGGCUUGUGUGUUUGAGUGUCUGUGCUAUUUCUCUCCUGCUUUUCUUACACCAUUCAUGAAGGAGGAAAUAAGCUGUUAUUUGAACAUUUUGUUCCUCUAAAAAAUUUUUUGCCCCAUUUGCCUUCCAUCUCACCUCUGAAGGAGGGAACAGUUGGGUUUGUCUGUCUGAAAGUCAAGGGAACAGUCUUCCCAGAAGUGAUUCUUUAAAAAAAAAUGCCUUUUGUAAAACAAUAUUACAAGACUCAGAUUUGACCUAGAUUGUGUUUUUCUUUUUUUUUUUUUUCUUUUUUUUCUUCCCCCCCAUUCGGCCUCUUCUUACAUUCACCUGUGACCCAUAUAUGAUUAAUUGCUUUUUUACAUUAUAAAAUUUUGUGAACUUGUGGCAGCAUGAGACAAGGGAGGUGGAUUACAGCUUAAAAUGACACAUUUUUUUAGGUCAGAUCUGGGUCUUGCACUCGCAUCAUCACCAAGUUCUUACAUGUGCUGCAGCAGUGGACCAUGUGUUUGUGAAUCAUUUGUCUUUUAUAAAGACUCUCUUGCAAAAGGCUGGCCACUAGUCUGGCAAAAUACAAGCUGUAAUAUCGGAAAUGACAAAGCAUUACAAAAUAAAUGAAAAGGAUCGUUGCACAUAUUUAUAUUUCUAAAAUAUUUCAAUAAUUUAUAUUAAAGAGCACUAUUUUUACAAAAGCCAA